UGGAGCUGUAGCUGUUCCUCUGUGUCAGGCAUUAUGUGGUGCUUUGAAUGAAUUCAAGGCAAUGUCUCAGAGCCAACUUAGAGACAAUCUGGCUGCCAGCCUCUCUCCCACAGCCCUGGUGAGACUGUCUUGUUUAGGGUGGCAGCAAUUUGGAAGCACCUGGGUCCUGUGGACCCUCUUGCAAGAACAACACAGGCUCCUCAAAAACUUUAUGGUGGUGCUUUUUCUCCCCACUACCUCCCUGCUGAUGAAUUUUCAUCCUUGAAGCUGUAAAACUCCUCUGUGGGAGCUGUGCCAAGACCUGCAGCCAGUUUAGGAGGCUCCAAUGUAUUUGUAAGUUCAUGUUUGCUGCAGGCUGAGCUGCUAAGUCUUCCUGCAGGCCUGGAAAUUCAAGCAUGCAGGUCAAAAAGGACCCUGGGGAAUUUCCUGUGCCUGUGCUCAGUGCCCAAGCAAGAAAGCUGUUCCAGAUGGUUGCAUCCUGCACAGCUCCCCUGAGAUCUCAUCAGCUGGCAGGAGCCUGGGCUGGUGCCUCAAGGGCAGUGUGACAGAUCUGUCAUGGGAAGGAGGUGUGGAGAAAUGAGACUUCCAUGAAGAGGAGCAGAUGCUCUUUCCCUCACACUUUAAUUUUGAAGGGGUUUUCCGUGACCACAAAGGGAGGAAACGCAGUCAGCAUGAGCUGGACAUGUGUGCUCACCCUCCAACCUGUCUCUCUCUCUGUUUACUCUGAUUUGUCUAAAGCCCUGUUGCAAAACCAUGUGUGAGAUGAGAAGAAUGAGUUUUGUUGUUGGCUUUCACUGGGGCUGGAGCAGAGGCUCAGCACUGCCGCUCCCCUCCUGGCUGUGCCGUGCUCUCCUCGCUCUCCUGCCUCUGCUGGCUUUGUAUCCUGGUAACAUCGCUUGUGCUCAGGUGCAGAGAACUCCCUGCAGCUCUGGAAACAUGAACAAAACUCAUCCUCAGAGAAAUGGUGAUGUGGCAGCUUUUGGUUCAACAGAGUCCUCUGGAGAAAGAGGCUGCUGCCAUCCAUGUGGUGCCCGCACUGGCUGCACACAGAGACACCUCUGCAUCUCUGCCGUGCUGCUGCUCAUCCUCGCAGCCGCCCUGGCCUCGGGGGUGGCACUGGCACUCCUGCCACGGGCACCAGUGAGCCGCUUCUGCACAGCCCCUAAUAACAAGACAGGCUUCUUGUGUGAUGACAGAGUGACCUGUGUCCCAGCCAGCUGGGUCUGUGACAGGGUCAGCAACUGCAGAAACAGAGAGGAUGAGCAGGAGCAGCUCUGUGGUGACUUGCCCCACAGCCUCCCAGGGUACCUGGUUUUCUACUGCAGUAACCCCAGAUCCUGGGUUUAUGCUGACCAGAGGUGCAAUGGGAUGAACGACUGCGGGGACUGCUCUGAUGAGACGUGGAGCUUGGCUGCCUGCCCCCCGUGUGGGCAGGAGUGGUGGAGCUGCAGCCCUGUGCACUACGAGUUCUGCUCCUGCAUCCCCAGGAGGCUGUGCCGGGAUGGCAUCCAGCACUGCCUGGGCUGGUCCGACGAGUUCGUCUGCACAGCCUGAAUCCUGUGCCCAUCCCUGCUGGGGACAGCAGGGCGCUUCCCACACGUCACCCUGGAGCCUUGGGCUCCUGCCCUGCCACCCCCUUGGGAAGCUCCAGCCCAAGGAAAUGGUCCCAGCAGGGCCCAGGGGUGCGUGGCAGCCUUUGGCUGGACACUGGCUGUGGGACAGCUGCCAGGAAUCUGCUGCCACGUGAAGGUGACGCUUCCUUCAUGGGCAGCACUGACUCGGUGCCACGCUGGAGACGCUUCACCAGGCACUGCUGGCACAGCCCUGGGCCAGGGGAUUCUCCUCUGCCCACACUGGGGCCAGAGUGAGCCACGGGAGCAGCAGGAGCUGAGUGAGGUGAGCCUCCAACACAUCUCCAUCGUCCUGAACUUCACUGGCAGGAGGAG